AUGACCUCAAAGGUGAUAAUCGUGACCGGCGCCAGCCGAGGCAUUGGUCUUGCCAUCGCCCAACACCUCAUCAAGGACUCCCACAAGGUUGUCUUGGCGGCGAGAUCCAAGGACCAGUUGGAGGCUUUGAAGACUGCUCAUCCCGGGCAGGUUGAGUACGUUGCAGGUGACUUGGGUGACCUCAAGGCCAUCCCCAAGAUCGCCGAGGCAGCAGUCAAGGCCUUUGGCAAGAUUGAUGGACUUGUCAUCAAUCACGGUGUAUUGGAGCCCGUCACCCGCCUGGCAGACUCUUCUAUCGAGGAAUGGAAGAAGGCAUACGACAUCAAUGUUUUUAGUGGGCUCGCAUUGGUGCAAGCAUCUCUACCUGAGCUGCGCAAGUCCAAGGGCUGCGUCCUCUGGGUGUCCUCCGGCGCCGCCACUGGCGCAUACACCGCAUGGGGAGCCUAUGGAACUUCCAAGGCCGCCAUGAACCACCUCUCAGCACACUUGGCAGUGGAGGAGCCCGAAAUCACCAGCAUCGCCGUCAGCCCAGGCCGCGUCGACACUGCUAUGCAGAAGGUAAUCCGCGACACUGGAGCCGGGCACAUGGCCGACAAGGACCACACCUCAUUCGUGUCUGCUUUCGACAAGGGAGAGCUUUUCAAGCCUGAACAGCCCGGCAGCGUCAUGGCGCGGUUCGUCGUCAAGCCUCAACACGACCUCUCGGGCAAGUACUUUAGGUGGCAAGCUGGAGAGCUUUCAGCGUAUCAUGACGCGUAG